CGCGCUAUUAAUUAUGUGGUAUAUUAUACACUGUUUAUAUUAUUGACGAAAUGGAUUAGUGAAUUGAUAUGUAACAAAGCGUUUAUUAGUAUUUCUUUGACUUCAUCCUAAUUUAAGUUUCUUUAUUUUCCACAGAUAAUGGGCCUUACGAAAUAAUUGGCCUAAUGAGACUCUGGGCGUAGUAGACAUGCCUAGUAAUAAAUCCAGUAUAUCAGGAUCCAUAAAAUUAGGUCUUCUCUGUAGGUGUUUAAACCCGAUCAACAGUUUGAUGGGCGGGUUGUGUUUCCCUUCUUCCGAUUCUACACACAGACAUCUCACGCUAAUUUCGAUAUUGCCACUGAUUUCUAAAUCAACGUACCAGAUAAACCGGAAAUAAACCAUAACCGGUUAAAGCUAUGAGCGAUUUAUUAGCUGAGACACUAACACGGAGUGACUCGGUUGCUAAGAAGCGAGUCAGACACGAGUUGGACGAGCUAGUUCUCGACUCGCCUGGCGUGAAGCGGUUCAGAGACGAUUUAUUCGAUGACUCGGGUCAUGACUCAGAGAUUCAAGAUCUUGACUCGUUGAUGAAAAGCUUCGAGGAUGAGUUGUCGUCGACCACGACGGGGCAAGGCUCCGGCGACACUCUGGCGGAUCUUGGUUACCUUUUUGAAGCUUCCGACGACGAGCUAGGUUUGCCUCCGCCACCAUCCCCACCGUCGACGCUUCUUCCUCCGUCGUCUGAAGAAACGGAGAAGACGGCGACGGAGUUGGUACGCGCGUUGUCGGAAGUCGACGUAGCAUGUUACGAAUAUUCCGAUGUUUGUUUAGAUUCCGGUGACAUGUUUUCAUGGCGGCCGGAAACUUUACCGGCGGAGUAAACAAUAAUCCCGAGUGUUUUUGUAAAGCGAAACGGUGGCGUUUGUGGAAAGCGUGUGGCCAUAUAUAGGAUCUCUAUGUAAAGAUUUUUAGGACUAGAGAGAUCAAAUGGUUAGUGUAGUAAAUUGCUUUAGAUUAGUUUAUAAGAAUCCAUUUUACUUUGUUCCAGGAUCUGUUCUGUUGAUCUUGAAUCAUCUUCUUCCUUUGUUUGUGUUAAAAUUAAAGUAUUGUCAAGAAUUUAAGCCCAUAUAUUUAUUAGCAUAUGAGAUUGAGAUCAGUUUUUUUUUUUUAAUUCAUAAUUCUCUCUUUUAAAUAUAUAUAUGUAAUUGUGAAGUAGUUAAUGGAUAUAUAUAUUGAACCAUAAGAACUAAGAAGGAUUCUCAUCAAUAUAUAAUCGUUAUUAUGUAGGAUAUUGCAUCUUCGAUUGAGACGGGUUGAUUCUUCUAGAAGAUAUCGUUUUAGUCGGUGUGGCUAGGUAUGUGUUUGAAGAAGGAAGAAUGUAAAGAUUUUGCAGAGAUGGAACGCUGUGAGAUACGGUAUACCAAGGAGAGCGUCUGAGAAAGUAGAUUUUAAGAUUUUGAAAUUUGAAUUAAUGAGUUUUUGUGGGUCUUAGUUUUAAUUUCCGUUAGGCCCAUAUUGAAAACCCAUCUAAUAUGCCGGACCGUUGAGAGUGAAGUUAAAUCGCACGGCUGAGAGUCGUGAAAAGGUGAUUCGGUUUUGGUGUUUGAAUAUAUAAUAUCCGUUAGGAGCCGGUUGCAAACGAAGACAUACUUCUCGUUUCGUCUCUUUCUAUCUCUUCUUACAAACUGGUGAGAUUCUUAGAUUAGUAUGCUUUUUUCGAUUUCUCUAAUCUCUAGAUCGUGAAUUUGCUCUUGUUCGUUCUCAUCUUGUUUAGAGUUCGCGUUAAACUAAUGCGAUCGUGCUAUCUUGUUUUGCAAUUUUGUGAGUUAGGUUGAACGAUUACUUUAAUUUAAAGGUUGAUGCGAAUAUAUAUAUUGGUGAAUCAAUAUUCAAAGAGAGAUUUUCGGUGGUUUGAGUUCUAAGUUUGUUCUUCUAGUUGUUUGCAACCGUAAAAGUAAUAAUGUCUCUCACUUUAGCCUCUCUAUAUUUUUUGUUUCUGUUCUUCAGUGUGUUUGUGUGGAAAAGCCAUAUCAACUGAAGAUAAGUUUGAAUCUGUGAGCCGAACAGCUGAAGCAACAAAACAGAUAAGCUCUCUUUACUUCCUCUUUUUUUUUUGGUUUUCUUGAUUGAACAACAAAAUUCGCCUUUUAAUAAGAUUUUCAAAGGUUUUUAUCCAAUCUAAGAGAUGAGCUUUUUUUUUGCUUAGGGUUUUAACAAAACAGAGAAGCUUUGUUUUUGUUUUUCAUCAAACCCCAAAAAGGAGCAUAGGCAGACACUAAUCUAAUAGUGUGCUGACAGAUUCUUAUUUGGAAACAUUGUCUGGUUUUCUGAAGCCUAGACCCAUAGAAAUGUUUGAAUAAUGGCCCCAACAACUAUUGGUUGGUGGUAGUGCAUGUCUAAUAGAUGGAAAGUGUCCGGCUGAUGGUUUGUCCGGUUGGUGGUAAUGCAUGUCUAAAACAUGGGGACAUUGUCCAGUUGAUGCUAGUGAGAAAGAGACUGUGAUGGUACCCACGGCUUACAUUAACAACAACAACGGCUUAAGAAAAGUCUUUAGACAGAGACUGUGAUGGUACCCACGGGUUGAUACUAUGUAAUGUUGGAUGGAUGGAUCAAAUGUCCUGUGGCUUUCAAAAUAGUCUUUAGACAAAAAGACUAUGAAACGUUGGAUGCCCAACAAGUCAACAACUUACCAAAAGAAAGUCUUUAGACACAAAAAGAGUAUGAAUAUUGGAUGGAUUAAACGACAAACAAUACAUCAUAAAGACUAUGAAUGUUUGGAUGGAUAAAACAACAAAAACAAAGACUAUGAGUUACCCACGGCUUAUAGAGGCUUUAAACAAAGGAUCUUGACUUCUAUGAAUAGUCUUUAGACAAUAUCUACCCACGGCUUAUGAAAAGUUUUUAGACAUAGACGUACUUGUUUGUGAAAAGUCUUUAGACAAAAGACUGAGUUGAAAGCAGCUUAUAAAGAGUCUCUAGAAAAUUUAUACCCACGGGUUAUGAAUUUUUUUUAGACAGAGAGUUUGAGUUGAUUGUUACACACGGAUUGUGAGAAGUCUUUAGAACUCUUGAGUUAAAAACAGCUUUACAAAGAGUCUUGAGACAAUACUACUACUACCCACGGUAUUACAGAAGGGUUUUAGACAAAGACUGAACUAAACUUAGGACAAUACUACUAUUACCCACGGUUUAUAAAAGGUCUUUAAGAUAGAAACUCUGAACCCUUUUGAUUACUAAGUUUAUUGGAUGUGAAAACGACUUAACGGUGGAUGAAAAAAACGACCACUGGUUUAAAGAGGUCUUAGGAAAACCUAUUUUACUUGCUGGAAGGAAAAAAACUACCUGCGGCUUUAAAAAGUCUUAAACAAAGACUAUGUUUGUUUGAGUUGUUGUACGGUGAACACGACCAACAACUUAAAAAAGAGACUUUGAACCAGAAACCAUAUCUUUACAGUAACCACAAGGCUUCAAAGAAUGACCAAUGGCUGAAAAGAGUUUAAGACAAAUAAAUAUGAAACAAAAACAGACUCCGUAAUUCACCAUAAGCCUCGACAAAAAGUAAUUUAACAAAGACUACAUGUCAGUGUUUAGCUUGUUGGAUGGAAAACGGCCAACGGCAGCUUGGGGACAUUGUCACAAGAAGUGCAUGUCUAAGCUAGGAUGGAAAUUAUGACAUACUUUACUCACCCACGGCUAACAACAAACGGCUUAAUAAAAGUCUUUUGACAAAGACUAUGAUUGUACCCACGGCUUGCUAUAAAGUCUUCAGACAAAGACUAUGAAACGUUGGUUGGAUGGAUCAAAUGUCCCGUGGCUUGCAAAAUUCUUUAGACAAAAAAAACAAGGAAACGUUAGAUGGAUCAAGCGACCCACGAGUUACAAAAAAAAAUCUUUAGACACACAAAGACUAUAAAUGUUUGGAUGGAUAAACGAAAAAACGGUACACCAUAAGUCUUUAUACGGAGGCUAUGAGUUACCCACGGCUUAUGAAGGCUUUAGAUACCCACGGCUUAUAGAAAGUUUUUUAAACAAAGACUUUGAGUUUCUUGCUACACACUUCUUCUGGAAAAAAUUUCUUGAAAACUUCUGAUGAAGAGUCUUUAGCCAAUAUCUACCACGGCUUAUGAAGAGUCUUAGACAAUAGAACUACUACCCACAUACUUAUGAAGUGUUUUUAGACAAUAAUACUUCCAACGGCUUAUGAAAAGUCUUUAGAAAAGACUGAAUCUUGACAAUUCUACCACCUAC